UAUGGAGCUCUCUUUCUUUCCCAUUCCACCAACCUCUCUCUCUCUCUCUCUCUCCUUUUUUAGUAGCUUUUUCCUCCUUCGAAGAUAAUCGUGUUUUAGAUGUGGAAAAAAGGCUUAGCAUUUUUUGAUAAAAUCCUGAAACUUUGAAUAUCAAGAAGGUAAAUGUCCGACUCUUCCUCGCAAUUUCAUUUUCAUUAGAUUCAAAAUAAACUACAUUCUAGAAACCCCAAUCUGGGCUUUCUUUUUCUUUGAAGAUUAUCGUAUUUUUCAAUGCGAAAAAGGUGUAGACUUUGUUAAAAUUCUCAGAAAUCGAAUACCCAGUAACGAAAAUCCGUCCCUUUUCGGCAGUCUGUUCUAGAAUUGGAAACAUCAAAAUUCAAGAAAUCCCCAUCUGGGUCUUCCUCUGCUUUAGAGAUCAUCCACUUUUCAAUGUGAAAAAAGGCGUAGAAGUUUUUAAAAUCCUCAGAAAUUAAGUGGCUAGAUGGUACAUUCCAAGCCUCUUUCACUGUUUCACAUUCUACAAUUAGGAACAUAAAAGAAAAGAAAGAAAUUCCCAUCUGAGUCUUCUUUAUUUCUGUAGAUCGCUGAGAUUUUGAUGUGAGAAGGUCAAAGAAUAAAACCGCUGAAAAUUGAACCCCCAAAAUUUCAACCCCUUUUGCCAUUUUCAUUCUAAAAUGCAAUUUAGGAUUUCACCAUUGGAGAAAGGAAAGCUGACCCGGCUAGGAAAUCAUCUGAUUCCACCGAGCCUUUUGUCUAGAAAGUGCUUAGAAUUCGAAACAAUCUUCGACUGUAAAAUACCCAGAAGGUAGAAUUCCUCCCAUUUAAGAUGCAAUCUAGGGUUUCUUCAUUUGAGGAAACCAAGGAUUUAGCCACUAAAGCCCAAUCCAGGGUUUUCCAAUUGAAUUUGCUCAAGAUCUUGAUACUGUUCCUAGUACUUGGUCUCGGGUUUUCCGUCCUUAGCAUGUACAUGAUGCGGUUUUCCGGAGUUCAGAAUGUUGUUUCCACUACUCGCUCCAGUUUCCAGCCGUGCUUUGAAGAACCGACUGGUCUCGACCAUUGGAUCAUGCCACCACGUAAUCUUAUGCACACAAUGACUGAUAAAGAGCUAUUUUGGCGGGCAACUUUAGUCCCACGUAUGAGGAAGUACCCAUUUAAGAGGGUUCCUAAGAUUGCUUUCAUGUUCUUGACAAAAGGGCCUUUGCCGCUUUCUCCUCUUUGGGAGAGGUUUCUGAAGGGGCAUGAGGGUCUUUUCUCAAUCUACAUUCAUUCACUGCCUUCUUACCGUGCCAAUUUUACAUCGACGUCUGUAUUCUAUCAAAGACAGAUCCCUAGCGAGGUGUCGGAGUGGGGGCAGAUGAGCAUGUGCGAUGCGGAGAGGCGGCUCCUCGCGAAUGCAUUGCUUGAUAUAUCCAAUGAAUGGUUCGUCCUCCUGUCUGAGACAUGCAUUCCCCUCUUCAAUUUCAGCAUCAUCUACAAAUACCUGACAAGGUCCCGGCAUAGCUUCAUGGGCGCUUUUGACGACCCAGGUCAGUAUGGAAGAGGGCGCUACAAUGAGAGCAUGGCGCCUGAGGUCAACAUCUCACAGUGGCGUAAAGGGUCCCAGUGGUUUGCAAUCUCCCGGUGGCCUGCAGUCUACAUAGUUGAGGACACUAAGUUCUACCCAAAAUUCAAAGAGUUCUGCAAGCCGCAUUGCUAUGUGGACGAGCACUACUUUCCCACCAUGUUGACCAGUGUGGCACCUCGUCUGCUGGCGAACCGGACCCUCACGUGGGUGGACUGGUCGAGGGGUGGGGCCCAUCCGGCAACAUUUGGGAGGGCCGACAUCACGGAGGAGUUCCUGAACAGGAUCAUCGAGGGGCGCACAUGCCUGUACAAUAACCGGUCUUCUUCGGUCUGUUACCUUUUUGCUAGGAAGUUCGCUCCGAGCACUUUGGAGCCUCUAUUGCAAUAUGCACAACAGGUUCUUGGUUAUGGCUGAUGUUUAGCACCGUGGAGGGGAAAAUGGUGACGGAAGAGUCCAAGAGCUGUUUGUGAUUCCAUUACUUCAUGCUUCGAACAUCGAAUGGGCCUGUUAUGAAAUGCCUGAGAAUCAAUUGCAUCAAGGUAUGUUCCAGAACUUAGAAAUCCGGUUUUCUGUUUGAUGCAGUUGGACCACCCACCCUUCUACACCAUAGUCGUUUGCUUGUAUUCAAUUUUUUGUAGUAUUCAUUUUGAUUUGAGUUCUUGAUCA